GAGGCACAUCUAAAAGUUGCAGGACAGCGGCCCUUGAUUCCUGGAGUUUGACACCCCUGAUCUACAUCAUCUUGCUUCAAACCCUGAAGGACCUUAGCUUGCUCAAGAAGAACAGUCUGCUCUGUAAUUUCCCUGUAGACUGCUUACCUUUUUGUUUUGGCACUAACAAUAUGAUAAAAUGUUUCUGUGGUCAAAAUAUUGUAACUUUUACCUGCAACAAUCAAAUUCUAAACCUGCUGUAGCUGAGGUUCUCUUCCCCUUCUUGCCUCUGUCAGGCACUUUACGAAACAGUUGGUUGGAUGAAGAGUGAUUCAAAUUUGAUGGAUAUAUGGGGGUAUACCACUUGAUGACUUCAAUAAAUUAUCUUUUGAUAUGAUAAUGAUGAGCCCUCCCUGCCAGCCAUUUACCAGGUUAGGACUUCAGGGUGACGUUGCAGACCCCAGAUGUAAGAGCUUCCUCUUCAUCCUUGAACUCCUUCCAAGGCUUUGCAAGAUGCCAACAUAUAUCCUGCUGGAGAAUGUCAAAGGUUUUGAGAGCUCCUCAGCCAGGGACUAUUUGAUAAAAACCCUGAGUGACUGUGGCUACACUUACCAGGAAUCCAUGAUCUCCCCGACAAAUGUGGGGGUUCCAAAUUCACGACUGCGUUAUUUCCUGGUUGCUAAAAUGUCUGCAGAAAAUUUGAGCAUCCAGACAAGUGCCAAGGGAGAAGCUGGAGGAGUCACCCAAUGGUCCUCAGUUUCUUCUCCAAGUGAGAUGAUGUCAUCAAACUACCACACCAAUGGUUGUUCCUUUUCUCAUGUGACGGACAGUGAGCUUCCUGAACGGUCCUCUGUCUUGAGAUCUAAAUGUCAGAAUACUGACCAGCCAUCAGAAGACAACCCCAAUGUUCAUGUCCUGUAUAAACGCGAGACUCAAAUGGAUUCUCAAAAGAAGACUAAUCAGAACAAAAACCUAUCUGUUCAACAAAUACAAGGCUACUUGGAACCUCAGAUGAAUAUAGACAUGGAACUUUAUCUCCUUAAACCUAAAACCUUGUUGCGGUAUGGCUCAAUUUUGGAUAUUGUUCAGCCCCACAGCCGGAGGUCUGUCUGCUUCACUAAAGGUUAUGGAAGGUAUGUGGAAGGAACUGGAUCAGUUCUACAGUGCUGCAUGGAAAAUGAGAUUAGUAGUGUGUUUACCAAUCUGGACCAGUUGACUGAAGAGGAGAAGCUCCAGAAAAUGUUAAAAUUAAAUCUACGUUAUUUUACUCCGAGAGAAGUAGCCAACCUGAUGGGCUUCCCUCAGAGUUUCACUUUUCCAGAGGAUAUCUCAAUCAUCCAGCAGUACAGAGUUUUGGGAAACAGUCUCAAUGUUUUGGUUGUGGCCAGACUUCUACAACUGAUUACAUCUGAGCAUUUUGGACAUUCUGAAGGAGAAGAGCAGUUCUCAGUCUUGGAAAAUGAGUAUCCGUGCUCUUAAUUCUGUCGCUGUGGAUGAAGAGUUGUGGAUACAAAUGUUGAUCAAACAUCAUGAAAUAGAAUUUAUUUACAGAGUGCACACAAUUUUAUGGCAUCAGCGAAGUAACCUUAACAAAACUCCUACUUAUUAUAUUCUUAUAUACUGUAGUCGCACAGCUUUUUCUCAUUCUGUUUGCAAUACAUUCAGUUUUUUAACUGAUGCAAGCAAAGAAAAUCUCUCCGUCCAGAUAAGCAGAAGACACUGAAAUUGCCAUACUAUGCCAUCACAUUGUUAUACCAUAAAUAUUAGCUGCAUUGCAAAACUUAGCUAGCUUUUCUUUGCUACUCUUUCUAUUUAUAAAGAAUCAUUAACCUUUUCAUUUCAUGCUAAAGGUAAAUAAGUAUAGGGUGAGGUUAAUCUUGCCUGAUAUAAAAUAAAUGGGUAGAUGCUGCUGCAUUGUAGUUUAUUCAACUACACAAAGGAGUACUGGUUAUGUGGCUGUUAUGUCAGUGUGCCUUAAAAUCUGCUUUCUCGGUUGGCUGUUAUUUUACUUUUGCAUGUUUUCUCUUUUAAGUACAAACCAUUUUAAAAGUAUGUGUUUUUUCCUGAACUUGUUCCAUAUUUUGUAAUUUUCAACCAAAAACGUCAGUGUAUUGUUUUGUGGGUUUUGUGUCAUAUUUGCAUAGCCAUUUAAUAUCUGUGAAAGCUGCAUAUGUAUUCUUCAUUCUAAUUUUUUAAGUAAAACCCAGUGAAACACAUUUAAAUUUUUCUAAUGAGAAUUAGCCCUCUAGCUAAUCAGAAUCAGUUUUUUGGUUAAGUUUGUGUGCACAAUGUAUUUGUUGUUUUCACAUGCUCAGACAUUAAGUAUAGACAUGCAAACAUUAGUGUAGCUAAAAUAAAGAUAAAAGAAGAUGUACAUA